GGGACUGUUUGCGUCCAUAGUUACCAAAACACAAGGAGACAAGUUGUUUUACUUAGGCAACAGCAAUUUAAUAAUAUAUUUUUGACGUUUUACUUCUUGAAAUCGCACCAUGGAAAUCAUCAAAGGUACUUUGGAUGACAUUUCUCGACCUGCAUCGAGUGAGCAGACAGGCAGCCGUGUGUCAAGCAUGUCAUUGUCUCAUGGUGACAGAAUUGGUACAACUACUCCAUUUGCUCUGGUUGUUUUGACUAACGAUGCUGCUGAUGUUCAGAUCCAGAGCCGUUAUGAAGAAAGUUUAAUCAACUCCUCAUCCAGAGGUCUGGACAAAGGCCAGUGUCCCCUUGAAAUUUCCGAUGAAGAACAAGAAAAUCCCCGACUGCAGAGGGCCUUUGAGGAAAUGAAACGACUUGAUGAAAUACUUUCUGAAAAGAUCUGCCUUGAAAAAGAAGUCAAGCGUCAAAGGAAAGAGCUUCAAGCUAAACUCUGGCAAGAGCUCAUGCAGAAUAAUCGUGAAGGUCACUCUGAAUGUGCCCAAGAAGCCAUGAACACAAGGUUGUUUUUGGCUCUGGAAGCACCCACUGUAACAGAAGGGGAGGACAACUUUGUACCUGUGUUUGAAACUCAAGUUCCUGACUGGGAGCAAAGCCAAGAUAACCAACACUUGGAACAAAGUGAAAGGAGGCCAGACAGCUCAACAGACUUAUUUGAACAAGACCGUGAGGAGACUGGGGAAGAGCAAUUUGAAGGCAGCCACUGUGGAGCUUCCAAAGGCAAGAGAAAAAAAAAGGACUUUGUGAAGAGAAACAUUGAGUUAGUAAGUGGUGAGGGGGACCAAGUGCUUUUGACUCAGGCAGAGAUCGAGCGUCUGGCCGAGCUCCUUGGAGAAGUAGAGGAAGAUGAAGAGGAGAGUGCCAGAGGUGCAGACAGCGAGGUAGGGUGA